GCAGUGCGGAGAGGAGAGGCGCGGAGUUGUGUAACGGUUGCGUUUUAAUCUUCAUUGCUUCUUUCCAGCCUCCUGCCAUGGCUCUGUGCAGUAGCGUCGGAGCCUUGGCGUUACCCAGCGAGCUUAUCGUUCACAUAUUCUCCUUCCUGUCAGACCGAGACAAGCUCCGGGCCUCGGCCGUAUGCUCUCGCUGGAGGGAGUGUCUUUUCUACCCUGCGCUGUGGACGGAGCUCAAGCUGCGCGUCGGUGGCGGAACCAACGGCGGCGGAUCUGGAUCAGAACAAACCCCGCGAUUAGAGUUCCUCAUGCGCAAGUUCGGCUCGUUCGUGCGGGAGCUGCAGCUGGAGUUCGCCCCGCUGGACGGAUGUUUAAGCCCGCUGCAGCACGGAAUGGAAGCCGUCGAGAGCGACCCGCAGUUCGCGAAAGAUGCGAUGGUGACAUAUUUGGAUCAAGUGUUGUGUGUGCUCGGCAGUCUGCGUAAUAACAGAAACCUCCUGAAGCUGAGUCUCUACGGGGACACAUGCAUUCUUCAGGAUGACGGCAUUUUGGACAGCUCUUACCUCAGCCAGGUCGACCAAGGGGGCAAGAGAAUGAAAGAGAUCCAGCAGCUCUUCGAAGAGAUCCUGUCCAACAGCAGGCAGUUGAAGUGGUUGUCGUCUGCGUUCAUGCUCGGUGUGGUGACCCCGUGCUCUCUGGCCUCUCUCUCCAACCCCAGCACCAGCUCCCUCGAGCACCUCAGUCUGAUCGACAACCAGCUGCCCAGCCUGAUUUCCACCAUCGAACUGGAAAGGCUCAUUCACCUGCGGUCUCUGUCCCUGGAAUUUUGCGACUUCACCUCAGACAUGUGCCGUCUCCUCGCCUGCGGUGACCGAACACCCCUCCAUCGCCUCUCCCUCUUGCUCAAUGGUGCUGCUUUGGACGUCAAGCCUUUGGAUGGUACCGCCACCGAGGACGAUUGGAAAGCCUUGGUCCGUCACAGCACCAACCUGCGCUACACUGUGUGGUCACACAACCUGGUGGCCAUCUCUCGCCUGCGUGGGUCCAACCUCAAAGUCCUGGAGGUGUCUGAAGAGAGCAUUGACUUUGACCCGGACCAGUCGGUGUACAUCGAGGGCGACCCCGUCCACAAUCUAGUCAAGGAGGUGUCCCUGGGCUUGGGCCGCGUCUGGCAUCCCUCCAUGGACAACAGCGUGGUCCUGAACGAACCCACUCAGCACUUCCACCGCGAAAUGCAGAGUUUCAGCGCGGGCAUGUAG